AUGCGGAGGGUCGAUUCUUUUGUUGUUGUUGUUGUUACUUUUCUUUGGAAAAAGCCUGAAAAUUACUUGCAAGCUGGGUCAAAUUCAGCACAUAAAUCUGAGAGCAAUAAGGUCUCCCACAUCCCCAAGGUGUCUUUGCUAAUGCUGAUGUGGAAGCAGAAAUGCAGCAUGUGCUGCUUGUUGGCCUAUAGAAGUGAUCACAAUGAGACAAGGAAGAUAAAUUGCAGUGAGAGGAUGACGUGGAAGUAUUCACCUGACAGUGACCCUGCUCUUUGCAUUUACCCUGUGAACUUUGGUGAAGAGGGAAAUUACACCUGUGAAAUUGCCAGCAGCAGCACAGGGAAUGUUCUUUCUUUAUCUUUGCUGACUGUGGUAGAACCCCCAAAACUGACUCUGACCUCUGACAAGAGCAGGGUAGCUGUCUGUCAAGCUGUAUUGGCAUCUGCUGGAAAGCCAGCUGAUGAAAUCUCCUGGAUCCCUGCAAGUAAUUACAGCACUGAGGAAGAAGUCUAUCAGCCCAGUGGAACAGUGACCAGAGUGAGCUCCAUAGGCUGGGUCAACAGGAUGCUUCCCAUGGCAUUUCCCAACAUCACCUGCCUAGCUGCCCACCCAGCUACAAACCAAACUCUGUCCCUAGACCUGUCACAUAAAUGUCAUUGUUCUCUAAUUGCUUUUCAUCAUGCUUUUGGGCUUCUUUGUGCUGCUCUGUGCAGCUGUUCCCACUGA